AUGAAUUGUGCCAACAUUCAUCUGUAUGGGGUAAUCUCCAAUGAAGAUAUGAAUCAGUUCUUGAGAGGAUGGUAUGAUGGUUGCUUUGACAAAUUACGUAGAAUAGAGUUUUACGUCAAUCUACGAUGGCAAAAACUUUUGGCUGGUAUGUCAGUGUACGAAGAUUGCGAGUGUAAGAUUCCCAUAAAGCCACUAUACCGAAUGAAGACCAUCUACAUUGAAAACCGCAAUGGGGUCAAAGCAAGUAUUGAAAGAAUAAAACAAGUAGAGGACAUGUACAUGUGUAUGACAAUCAGAUGA